GGAUAGAGAACAAGAUCAAUAGGCAAGUGACGUUUGCAAAGAGAAGGAAUGGUCUUUUGAAGAAAGCAUACGAGCUUUCAGUUCUAUGUGAUGCAGAGGUUGCUCUCAUCAUCUUCUCUAAUAGAGGCAAGCUGUACGAGUUUUGCAGUAGUUCGAGCAGCAUGCUUCGGACACUGGAGAGGUACCAAAAGUGCAACUAUGGAGCACCAGAACCCAAUGUGCCUUCAAGAGAGGCCUUAGCAGUUGAACUUAGUAGCCAGCAGGAGUAUCUCAAGCUUAAGGAGCGUUAUGACGCCUUACAAAGAACCCAAAGGAACCUAUUGGGAGAAGAUCUUGGGCCUCUAAGUUCAAAGGAGCUUGAGUCACUCGAGAGACAGCUUGACUCUUCCUUGAAGCAGAUCCGAGCUCUCCGGACACAGUUUAUGCUCGACCAGCUCAACGAUCUACAGAGUAAGGAACGCAUGCUGACUGAGACAAAUAAAACUCUAAGACUAAGGUUGGCUGAUGGGUAUCAGAUGCCACUCCAGCUAAACCCUAACCCAGAAGAUCAUGUUGACCACUAUGCUCGUCACCAUCAUCAACAACAACACCAACACUCCCAAGCUUUCUUCCAGCCUCUUGAAUGUGAACCCAUUCUUCAGAUCGGGUAUCAAGGGCAGCAAGAUCAUGGAAUGGGAGCAGGACCAAGUGUGAAUAAUUACAUGUUGGGUUGGUUACCUUAUGAUACCAACUCUAUUUGAAUCUUUCUUAAAAUUAAUUUUCCUUUUUGACAUUUUAAGAUGAUGAUCUCCAUGUCUUUUUCUAUUUUAUUUACCUCUAUCAAAUGUUUUCUGUCUUGUGUGCAUGUGUGUGUGUAAUAAUGUUUAUGCCCCUUUUCUAUAAUUCAAUAAUUUUUUCCAACAA